AUGUGGAAGUCUGCAGUAGGCCACAAUGUGAGCAUUAAGAUAUCAGCAGAAGGUGACGACUGGGAGACCGAUCCAGACUUUGAGAAUGACGUUUCAGAGCAGGAGCAGAGGUGGGGGGCCAAGACCAUUGAAGGUUCUGGCCGCAAAGAGCCCAUCAGUGUUGCUGAGCUGAGAAACAAAGUUGCAGAAGAACAUGAGCAAGUGAAACAUCAGGAGAAGACCCCCAAAGCGUCCUACGGCUAUGGAGGCAAAUUCGGCGUGGAGCGAGACCGUAUGGACAAGGUGGCGGUGGGUCACGACUACGUGGCUCAAGUGCAGGAGCACAGUUCCCAGAAAGAUGCGGCCAAGGGCUUCGGGGGAAAGUUUGGCGUGGAGAAAGAUCGGAUUGAUAAAUCUGCUGUAGGUUUUGAGUAUAAAGGCAAAGUCCAGCAGCAUACAUCACAAAAAGAUUAUUCCAAAGGUUUCGGAGGCAAAUACGGCGUGGAGAAGGAGAAAGUAGAUAAAGCUGCUGUUGGAUACGACUACAAAGGGUUAACAGAGAAGCAUCAGUCUCAAAAAGAUUAUUCCAAAGGCUUCGGGGGCAAAUAUGGCGUGGAGAAGGAAAAAGUGGAUAAAGUCGCCGUGGGAUACGACUACGAGGGCCACACGGAAAAACACCAAUCUCAAAAAGAUUACGCAACAGGCUUUGGGGGUCGAUAUGGAGUGCAAUCAGAACGUAUGGAUAAGAGCGCUUCGGGCUUUUCUGACAUCGACUCACCAUCUUCCGCGUAUGAGAAGACUCAGCCGAUAGAAGCCUCCGUUGCCAACGCCGGCAAACUUAGGGCUCGUUUCGAGAACCUAGCCAAAGCCUCGGACGAGGAGAACCGAAGGAGAGCUGAAGAAGAGCAGAGCAGGAGGAAGGAAAGAGAGAAAAAAGAACGACAUGAAGUGGAAAGGCAGCAGGAGCAGAAGAACCAGGAGGAGCAAAUUCUUUUUCCAACUUUUCCAGAAGCACCACGGGAGAUGGAGCAGAACAUGCUGGAAAAGCCAACACCAGAACCACAAACACAGUUGGAAACGUGCGACGACAAGCCCCCGCCGUUGCCCCAGCGCUCGCACAGCUUUUCGCAAAUGGAAAGGGAGGUGCCCCCUGUGUACGACCAAGUCACGGUGGAUGAAGUGGCGAAUACAGGCGAUGACUACGAGGAUGUGCCGCCGCCGCCGCCGCCACCAGUGGAGGAGGGAGUUGACGAGUACGAGGAAAUUGGUGAGGUGACCCCGCCCGACUCGUCAGCGACGGACGAUUAUGAAGACCUGUCAUGCGGCGUCCGAGCGGUAGCAAUUUACGACUAUCAAGGAGAGGAUGUGGACGAGAUCUCCUUCAAUCCGGACGACGUCAUCACUGACAUCGAGAUGAUCGACGAAGGCUGGUGGAAGGGACGCUGCCACGGACGGACCGGCCUUUUUCCCGCAACUUACGUCCAGCUUAUGCAGUGA